CUCCAAUAGACCCUCCGCUACGGGAACUAGUGAAUUUAUAGAAAGUGAGCGUAGGGUCUAAUGGAGCCGAUUUAAAUAGACCCUUCGCUACAGACAUUAUGGUGUGACUAUAGGUAUAGCCUUGUAAGUUUCUCUAGUGAAUUUCUAUCAAGCAAAAGAAAUAUGGUACUUUUUUAGUUUGGAAUCAGCCUCGCUAUUAUAUAGGUAUAUGCAAAAGCGGAUAUGCAAGGGUCUACUAAGUAGACUCUACUUGUCUGGCAGAAUGCUGAAAAGAAAGCAGACGUGCAUGCUUUGUAAAUAAUGUGCAAUCGAAGCUUAUAAUAGCAACAAAAGCGCAAGGUGAAAUAUCAACAAAGUUGAGGUGCCUUGUAUUUUCAAGAAGUUACUUAAGUACCCCUAGUGCGAGUGAAAAUCUGAAAAUGAAUAAAGAGGAAAAGAGGUAUAUAGAGUAGUUUCAAAAGUUUACGUCGACGAAGAAGAGGAAGUAGAGAGAGUAACAGAUCGGAAGAGAAGAGCGGAAGCUGUUGCAGCUGCUCUCUUUACACUAUAUAGAAAUAUGAACUGAAAUAAAUCGGUUGUAAAUACAAAAAUUCAGCAAGAUGAAUGGAAUAAUUCCCGAAAUGGAGCAAAUUAUCAGUCAGCUCGAAAGAGGGACUGUAGUGACAAAGUUCUUUUCAAGAAAAAAGCCAGAAAAAAAGACCUUGAUGAUUCGUAGAGAAACCAGACAAAUCAUCUGGGCAAGAAGUCCAACAACAAGGCCUUUCGAUGGCUCUGUGGAUAUAAGAGAGGUCAAAGAAAUAAGGACGGGAAAAAAUUCCAAAGACUUUGAAAAAUGGCCUGAAGAAGCUAAAAAAAUUGAAAACCUGAGGUGCUUUGUUGUUUUUUAUGGCUCUGAAUUCAGACUCAAAACAUUGUCUAUUUCAGCCUUAAGUGAAAAAGAAUGUGAGUUAUGGAUGAAAGGCUUGAGGCAUUUGGUGCAAGACACUAUAAAUGCUCCAUAUCCUUUACAAGUAGAGAGAUGGCUGAGAAAAGAAUUUUAUGCAAUGGAAAACUCUCAAGAAAUGGUCAGCCUAAAAGACGUCAAAGCUUUCUUACCAAGAGUUAAUUGCAAAAUUCCAACAAACAAGCUCAGGGAACUGUUUCAAGAAGUCGACACAAAAAACAGGACAGAGAUCGGCUUUGACGACUUUGUAACACUUUAUCACAAACUUAUGUUUGAUUCUAACAAUUUUACGGACUGGAAAAAGCUAUUGACAUACUCUAAUCCUUCUAUGAUAGUGAGUUUGCAAAAAUUUCAAAACUUCCUUAUUACGGAACAGCAAGAUUCCUCUGGUAACAACGAGCAUGAAAUGUCGCGUUUCAUUCGCGAUUACUUACAAGAUCCUCAAAGGGACAUUCAAGAGCCAUAUUUUACGUUUUCGGAGUUUGUUGAUUUUUUGUUUUCCAAACACAAUGAAAUUUGGGACAACAAGUUUGAUCAAGUCUUCCACGAUAUGACGAGACCAAUGUCUCAUUACUGGAUCGCCUCGUCGCAUAAUACAUAUUUGAUGGGUGAUCAGAUAAGUAGUGAAAGUAGUUGUCAGGCUUAUGUAAGAGCUCUGAGAGUUGGAUGCAGAUGUAUAGAAUUGGACUGUUGGGAUGGACCUGAUGGGAUGCCUUUCAUAUUUCAUGGGCACACUCUAACAACGAAAAUUAAAUUUAUGGACGUUAUUAAAACGAUCAAAGAACACGCUUUCAUUACAUCGGAGUAUCCAGUUAUCCUGUCGAUCGAGGACAAUUGUACUCUUCCGCAGCAGCGGCGAAUGGCUCAAGCGAUGCAGGAGGUAUUUGGCGAUAUGCUUCUCGUUCAGCCAAUUGACAAGAACGAAUCCUGUUUACCGUCUCCUUACGCAUUACGUCGCAAAAUUAUUCUCAAGCAUAAAAAGUUGCCGGACGGUGUGGACGAGGGUUCAUUCGUCAUACGUAACACUGACGAUUUAGGCAGUCGACAGGAGAUGGAUCUUCGCAACACCAUAAAAAAUGGAAUCCUAUAUCUUGAAGAUCCGGUUGAUCAUGAAUACAAUCCACAUUUUUUUGUUCUUACGGAGCAGAAACUGUUUUACACUGACACUUUUUCGAGGACACAAGAAACCGAACCAGAGGAUGAGGAAGAAACAACUGUUGUUAGAAUGCCAGGAGACGGAGUACCAAACGAUGAACUACAUUUUGGAGAAAUGUGGUUUCAUGGCAAAUUAGCACGGGGCAGAGAAGAAGCCGAGGAACUACUACAUAAAUACUCACACUUGGGCGACGGUACGUUCCUGGUGAGACAGUGCGUGACUUUUGUUGGUGACUAUUGUCUAUCCUUUUGGCGCAAAGGAAAGGUCAAUCAUUGUCGCAUCAAGUUAAAACAAGAGAUGGGUCAGACGCAGUAUUAUCUCGUAGAUGUAAACUAUUUCGAUAGUUUAUACAGUCUUAUUACGCACUACCGCAAUCAUCCUCUAAGAGCUCAAGAAUUUCUGAUAACUCUACAAGAGCCAGUACCACAGCCGAAUAAGCACGAGGAGAAGGAAUGGUGGCAGAGAGACUGCUCCAGACUGCUGGCCGAAGAAAUGCUGAAACGCGUACCCACUGAUGGAGCGUUUUUAGUGAGACCUAUCGAAAAAGAAAAUAACUGCUAUGCGCUAUCGUUCAGAGCUGAGAACAAUAUAAAGCAUUGCCGGAUCAAGUUGGAGGGACGACUGUAUACGAUCGGCACUGUGCAAUUCGAGAGUCUAGUAGAGUUGGUUAAUUAUUAUGAGCGACAUCCUUUGUACAAAAAAAUCAAACUUACCUUCGCUGUUAAUCAAGAAGUCGUUAGGAUGCAAGGUUCCAUGGAUCCCGACGACGGUUCAGUUUACGGCAUACCAGGCUACAUGGAUCCAACGACGUUUGUUUCAAAAGUUAAAGCCUUGUAUGACUAUAAAGCUCGCCGAGACGACGAGCUGACUCUGGUCAAACACGCAAUCAUAACGAAUGUAAAUAAGCAGAAAGAUGGUUGGUGGCGAGGCGACUAUGGUGGAAAAAAGCAACACUGGUUUCCUGCCAACUACGUCGAGGAGGUCGAGCAAGAUAGCCAGACCGACUCGUCCUCUGACUCGAUGAUGCUUGGAAAUUUGCAAAAAGGCUCGGUAGACAUUGUCGGUGCUUGCGUUGAGUUGGUAAUGUCGGACAGGCCGGGUCUCGAGUGGACUUUGAGAAUACAGAACCCAAGUAUGUGCUCAGUUUUUGAGGUGGCGGCUCCAUCCCAAGAAAUUGCUCUCGAGUGGAUGCAGAAAAUCGAUGAAACUGGACAGAAUGCUAGCGUUAGGGAAAGCCAGCAUAAAGAAAUGGAACGAGCCUGGCGAAUAGCCAAAGAGAUGUCGAAUCUCAUCGUAUACUUCAGAUCAGUAGCCUUCAAUGUGGAUCGACUCCGUUCCAAAGGUUUCAUUUACAACGAGAUGAGCAGUUUCCCGGAAACGAAAGCUGAGAAGCUCAUGUGCCAGCAAGAGACCAAGUUUUUUUUGCGCUACCAUCAAACACAAUUCAGCCGUGUCUAUCCUAAAGGUCAGCGUAUCGAUUCGUCGAAUUACAAUUCGAUGCCGAUGUGGAACGCUGGCUGCCAAAUGGUCGCUCUCAACUACCAAACCGGAGACAAACCUAUGCAGCUGAAUCAGGCAAAAUUUCGAGAAAAUGGAAAUUGCGGGUACUUGUUAAAGCCGGAGUUCAUGUUUCACGAAGAUUACAAUCCGUUUGACAAAACUUCCCUUGUUGGAGUUGAUCCGCUCAAAGUUACACUGAACAUAAUUGGAGCGAGGCAUUUGAAUAAAGCGGGCAGAGGUGCUGCCUCGCCUUCUGUGCAAGUAGAAGUCGUUGGUGCUGAUUACGAUAGUGGUAUCAAACUCACGACAAAGACGAUUAAUGACAACGGUUUUAAUCCCAUGUGGAAUGAAUCUUGCGAGUUCCUAGUAUCAAAUCCGUAUUUGGCCCUAAUUCGUUUUGUUGUACAAGACGAAGACAUGUUUGGAGAUAGUAAUUUUAUGGGUCAAGCAACUUAUCCUAUUCGUUGUUUAAGAACUGGUUACAGAAGCGUUCCUUUGAAAAACAGUUAUAGCGAAGAUCUUGAAUUGGCAUCGCUUCUUGUGCACGUGAAAAUUGUCAGUACAAAUGAUUUAGCGCAAAAUAGUACUAUCACAAAAUUUAAACGGCCUCACAUACGGUUAAUCUAGUUUCCAAAUAAUCUUGUGACAAACUGAUCACCAAAAGCAAAGCUUCAAUGUAAUUUGUUAUUUUGAUUUAGGUAGUUGUACAUUUACCAAUAAUCACCUAUAGUGGUUAUUAAUUUUAAAAAAGUAAUUGUUUCUUUAAAAACGCUUUUAUUAUAGGAAAUUUUUAAUGUACAAAAAUUAUCACAUUUGUUUUUGUGAUUUUUUUGAACAUAAUUAUUUUAUUAAUCAAUGUUGAGGAGUAUAUAUACAACGAAACAGGUUUUGACAGCUAUUUUGAAAAUUUUGUAAAAGAGCGCGAAUAUGAGAUGUAUUUACAAAACUGAUUUUAUUGAGAAAUAUCUACACAAAUG